AUGCACAGAAGGCCUUCUUGGACGGACGUUGUGGUAUUUGCGUGGAUCGAAGCCAUUUCACUCAGGCCAGGAGUUGUAGGUCAGGCUUUGAAGAUGCCGUCAUUUAGCUUUGAGCUGGAGUAUGCCAAGAGCGCUCGCUCUGCCUGCAAGCAGUGCAAAGAGAAGAUAGAGAAGGAUGCCAUCCGCGUCGGCCUGAAAAACGUCCCGGACGUCUCCGCCGAUGCCGAUGCCGACACGCGGAAGAAGGCUCAUGCCAUGGAGUCCGCGAAGUGGCACCAUGAAGGCUGCUUUCCGAAGAUCAAAAGAUCAGCUUGGUUCCGUCAGCACCUUCCAGAAGAUGCUGAAGCCAUCAGCGGAUAUGAGACUCUCAAGGAAGAAGACCAGGAGAAGGUCAAGAUGCUUGUCAAAGCUUGCAGAAAUGAAGAAGAGGCAGAGAAGACGCCAGCCAAGGGCACCAAGCGCAAAGCGGAGGGAGAGACAAACAAGUCGACAAAAAAGUCCAAAUUCUUCGCCAAAGAGGAUGGCCCCUCUGUCCUGAGUGCAGAUCAGCAGAAGGCCAUUGAGAGCACGAAGGCAGAGCUCUCGAAGAAAAGCGUGGCUGCACUCGGCGCGAUGCUGGCCAAGAACGGGCUGGCCAAGAGCGGCCGCAAGGAGGAUCUCUUGGACCGGGCGGCUGAGGCCAAGGCGCUGGGCGUGCCGCCCCUGUGCCCCUUGUGCGAGAAGUCCAAGCUCAGGUUCUCCAAAGCCACCGGCAACUACAGCUGCCCCGGAUUCUUCGACGAGGAAGCCAAGCACUUCAAGAAAUGCAAGGGUCCGGGUGAUGAUGCGGAGCUUGCGCGAACCACCUGGCAAGAGCUUGGCGCGUGA